UAAUUGAUUCCAAACUCAGCACGACGACGACGUCUUCGACGAUCAUAUCCGCACCACUUCCCGUGCCUCUCUCUCUCUCUUGCAAAGCUUUGUCUUUGCAGUGCUCUCUCUCUCUCUCUCUCUCUCUCUCUCUCUCGCAAAGCUUUGUCUUUUGCAGUGUUUUGUACGAGUACUCUGGUCUGCACUCGAUUUACUCCUUUCAAAUCAAUAAGUUCAGGAGAAAUGGCGGAAGAACCGGUCAAUGUGAAUGAGUUCCAGGAACUGGCAAGGCGAGCCCUUCCGAAGAUGUACUUUGACUUCUACAAUGGAGGAGCUGAGGACCAAUACACUCUAAAGGAGAACAUGGAAGCAUUUCACAGAAUCACUUUUAGGCCAAGAAUUCUUGUAGAUGUGAGCAGGAUCGACAUGUCAACUACUAUAUUGGGUUACCCUACGUCGGCACCAAUCAUGAUUGCUCCAACUUCAUUUCAUAAAUUGGCUCAUCCCAAAGGAGAGGUUGCAACAGCCAGAGCAGCAGCUGCAUGUAACACCAUAAUGGGAUUGUCCUUUUCGUCUACCUGCACAGUAGAGGAGGUUGCUUCCAGCUGCAAUGCCGUUCGCUUUUUUCAGAUAUAUGUAUAUAAAAGGCGGGAUUUAACGGCUACGUUAGUGCAAAGAGCCGAGAGAUACGGGUUCAAGGCUAUGAUUCUUACUGUCGAUACUCCUAGGCUUGGUCGAAGGGAGGCAGACAUAAAGAAUAGAAUGAUUUCUCCUCAGUUGAAGAAUUUCGAAGGUCUAUUAUCAACUGAAGUAGCUUCUGAUAAGGGUUCAAACCUUGAAGCUUUUGCAGCAGAGACGCUCGAUCCAUCUCUUUGUUGGAAGGAUAUUGAGUGGUUAAGAUCUAUCACAAGUUUGCCAAUUCUAAUCAAAGGGGUGCUUACUGCUGAGGAUGCAAUAAAAGCUAUGGAAAUAGGCGUUGCUGGGAUUGUUGUCUCCAACCAUGGAGCUCGCCAACUGGAUUAUUCCCCAGCCACUAUCACUGUUCUAGAACAGGUGGUCCGUGCUGUUGGAGGGAAAAUUCCUGUUCUCAUUGAUGGAGGAGUGAGGCGGGGCACAGAUAUCUUCAAGGCAUUAGCUCUUGGUGCACAAGCUGUUCUGAUUGGGAGGCCAAUCCUCUAUGGAUUGGCAGCAAAGGGAGAAUAUGGGGUUCUACGAGUCAUUGAAAUGCUGAAGGCUGAGCUUGAGCUCACCAUGGCGCUGUCCGGAUGCCCUACUUUGAAGGAUAUCACAAGAAGUCAUGUGAGGACAGAGCAAGACAGACUCAACUGCAGACUUUAGGUUAACGAAAUAUUAAAGUAGGACCACAGAUAGGUGAUUCUGAUCAACUAUCAUGGAUCCAAAUACUUGCUGGAGUUCUGCAAUUGUUUUCCCUUCUCCCGGUUUCUUAAAACAAAUCACUAGAAAUUAUGAAUUUGUUCUAUGAUGAUGCACGUGUGUUGUGUUGGAAGUGAAAGAUCGAAUUUUCACCGUGUCCUUGUUUAUGUACAAAAUAGAUGGUCAUGGGGAAACUUCCACUUACUAUGAAGUUCGGCAGUUUAAAUAUAAUAAACUGAGAAUCUAGGUGUUACAUUAA